CUGCUAUUGAAGAUACCAAAAAAUGGCAUUCAUGAAAUUAUUCGUUUUGACGUUAGUAACUGUUAUUAAUCUACAAGAAAUUUAUGGACAUGGACUGAUGAACGAUCCUGUAAAUAGAAGCAGUGCGUGGAGAAAAAAUUUACUCGUAGAACCUAACUACACUGACUAUGAGCUAUUUUGCGGUGGAUACAGUGUUCAGUACGGGAAAAAUCGUGGAAAGUGCGGAGAAUGCGGUGACGAUUAUGCCUUACCUCGACCGCGGCCAAAUGAAAAUGGCGGUAUCUAUGGAUCUGGUAUCAUUGUUCAAAAAUAUAAGGCUGGUUCCAUCAUCAAUGCGACCGUUUAUCUCACUGAGACCCACUUGGGUUACUUUGAAUUCAGCCUUUGUCCGCUAAAGAAUAAAAAAUUAGAAACCGAGAAGUGUUUCAAUACGUAUCCCUUGCCAAUGGCUGACGGUAAAGGCUAUAAAUAUCCCAUUACCUCCAAUUAUCCAGAGGAUUACACUAUCAGCCUGGUCCUACCAAAGAAUGUUACGUGUAAACAAUGUGUGAUUAGGUGGAAUUAUCGUACUGGGGAUAACUGGGGAACUUGUGAGGAUGGAACACAGGCCGUAGGUUGUGGCCCCCAAGAAACGUUUAGAAACUGUGCUGAUGUCACCAUCACGAAUUAAUUUAUCACGUACUUCAAAUCGGCUUAGCUUUAUACUAUAUCAAAAGCAUUUGGCUUAUGCUUAUAAAAUUUUUUUAAGAAGGUAUCAAAAUUUUCAAUUAAAGAAAUUUUUGAU